CAGAAAUCUCCGAAGUGCUCCAACGGUUCGAUGUCAUCCGAUGGAGGGCGACCAUCCCUGCCGAAUGUAACGCCUCCAACAGCUUGCAUCCUUGCCCCCUCCAGACCCCGAGAUGGAUGUGUGUGCGCACAACGGCGAUGUGAUAACGCGCUGCACGCUGCAACGCGCUGGGGAAUGAAGACUUCAGCUCUGAUAGGGAGGGAUUGUCUGCAGACUUCUUUGCUCAGUGCAGAUAGCCGUGAUAAUGCGCCACGAAUGGCGGACUGCGUCGCCCGAUGGACGAUUGGCCGGUUGAGUCUGGCCGAUCAUAGUCUCGGUCUUGCUAUUUGUACGCUUGAUCAAGGUCGUUGACUCGAGCUACGGAUGGUGUGUUACUCAAUAUUUGCACUACUGUUUCUGCCGUUGACUUAUUCUUGAAGCAUCACUGAAUCCCAAGAAUCCAGUCGUCUUACCUGAUCAACAAGAUAUCCUUCACCAUGCCGGAAGCAUACCACGCCCAUCCAGACUAUGGCUACCCGCGCGACUUCAAGGGUUACGGCGAGAAAGGUCUCGCUUGCCCAUGGCCCAACGACGCCAAGAUUGCAGUCUCCUUCGUCAUCAACUACGAGGAGGGCGGCGAACGAUCAGUCCUAGCAGGCGACGGCGUCUCGGAAACCAACCUCCGCGAGAACCCCAUGGGCCCCGCAAAGUACAACGAGCGCAACUACAGCGUCGAGUCAGAGUACGAAUACGGCUCCCGCGCGGGCUUCUGGCGCCUCUUCCGCCUGUUCAACUCCCGCAAGAUGAAGUUCACUCUCUACGCCGUCGCCCAGGCCGUCGAGGAGCAGCCCGAGGUUGCGACGCGGUGCGUGGAGGAAGGCCACGACGUCGCCUCGCACGCAUACCGCUGGAUCGACUACCACGACGUGCCGAUUGAGACGGAGCAGGAGUAUAUCCGCAAGUGUAUCACUUCGCUCAAGAGUUUGACGGGGUAUGCGCCCAAGGGGUGGUACUACGGCCGCAACUCGCCGCACUCGCGGACGCUUGUGCCGCAGGUUUAUGAGGAGAUGGGGGAGGAUCUUGUGUGGGCGAGUGAUACAUAUGCCGACGACGUGCCGUACUGGAUUGAUCUACCCACUGAGCGAGAGAAGCCUGAUCCAAAGGGGUGUUUGAUGGUGCCGUACAGCUAUGACUGUAACGACUUUAAGUUCCACGUUACGGGAUCUGGGUUCCGGGAUCCACAUGGGUUCUACACGCAUUUGAAGAACGCGUUUGAUGUGCUGUACGAGGAGGGACAGGAAGGUAUGCCCAAGAUGAUGACAAUUGGGCUGCAUUGUCGUAUUGUUGGUCGGCCGGGAAGACUGGCUGCGUUGAGGGACUUUGUGGAUUACAUUGCGAACAAGGAGGGCGUUUGGGUUGCUACGAGGACCGAGAUCGCAGAGGCCUUCAAGGCGAAAUAUCCGUAUAAGAAGGGGCAGUUGGCAUGA